AUGUUACAAUUGAUUUACCGUUGUACGGUUUGUUUUACGUGUUGUUUUCAUAUUACAAUAAUAAAUUUAAAAAUAAUAAGUUGACUAAGAGUGACAUACGAACAUAUAAAUUAUCGUAUAUUAUACGAUAUUCGUUCAAGUAUUGCGUUGCAUGGCAAGUAAAUUCAAAUAAUAAAGCAUGUUAUCGAAGGAUUUUAAUAAAUUUUUAAUAUUCAAUGUUAUCAAAUAUUUCGCGUAUAAAUUAUCUCAUUGUAUAACGAGAAUCACAUUUGCAAAAAAUUUCAAAACGAAAUAUUUCUGAAAUAUUAAUCUUGAUUUUUAGAUCACAUGAUCCGUGAUAAGCAAGAUCAACGUUCCUCUCUACGUCGGUUCAUCAACCUGAUCAUAACAUGCACACACGGCGUGCGGUGCCCAAAUAAUUCGUAAUCGAUUUUAAACGUUUCCCCCCUAAUUCGGUGGAUAAUGAAUGAAUAGUAAAUACGGCAUUCGAGUUUCUCACACCAUUUUCUAACAUUUGUCUGUUCACUGGGGGUUGAACAAGGGGAAUAGCCUGUAGUGAUCACAGCGCGGCAAGAGGGGGGUAUGAAAAGUGGUCGGAGAAUGCUUUAAGCUGGCGCCGAAGGGUGGCGAAAUCGCACGAAUCGUACCGAGCCGAACCGAAAGCUCGGUUGCCCCUGUCAGUAGGCCUGCCGCAACGCAGCAGUUAGCGCGCCUUCCACUACGCGCGGAGAUUACGCGACUUUUUCUCGGAAUUCUGUCGUUAUUUAUCACGCCUAUACCUUAUAUUUUGCUACUAAUAUCCUUUUAUUAUCGUUCGUGAGCAAAGCAAUCAGAGAAAUAGAUCGUUUCUGGCCCUUAAAAACUCGCGAUCCAUCAUUCUCGUCGUGCACUGCAUUCGGCAUUUUGUGUACGCUUUUAGUCGCCGCAUAGAUCUUAUAAUUCAAGGUGGUCCCAGUGAAUUCGACGAAAAACUAGGGCUCGAACAAAGGAGAUAUAAUUAGAAUAUAAUCGGCACGCUGGUUUACAAAAAACGAUUGUCCUCGUUCUCGCAAGCUUCUCGGUGGGGCGCUCCGGGGAGGAUGAGUGAAAAAUCCAUCGAUUUCGAUGAUCCUCGUCGUGAUCGUGGCAAGCAUCGAGAAGCUGUUGGAAUCGGGAAUAGGAUGACUGCCGUACAUCAUCACGGUGCAUGAUGAAACGGCUCUGACGACAACCUCUCCGUGCAACCUCCGACGCGAUAACAUCCGAUGGACCCUAAUGACAUCGGCCCAGUGUUAUCGUCAGUAUCGCCGGGGCCGUCUAUUUCUGUAUCGCGUCGAACUCCUCGCCCUACGCGGCAAACUUUCUUUGAAAAGGACCCAGGUUGCGUCGUUAUUGGCGAACGAUGACGACAUGAGCCGCUCUGUGAUUAUGUGUAACCGCGUAUGAGGCGGUAGAGAGAGUUAAUGAACCGUGGACGGCGCGUACGAUUAGCCGAAGCUCCAUUAAUAACCGACCAACGGGGUUUGUGCUCGCAACGGGGGACGCACGCAGUUGCAUCAUGCGAGGGGUGAUGAUCGGGCAACUUUGAAAAAAGACGAGCACCCUUGCCGGCGCCGCAUUCUCGUUCGGACGUUUGGUGAAUGAACCUCCCUUCCCCUUCGCAUUCGAUGCAUCCGCUCGAUGUGCAUCGUGUAGGGCGCGCAUGUGUACGUGUACGUGUAUGUGUCGUGUGUGUGCGCGCGUGUACGUGACCGUUCGCGGUCACGGUAACUGAAACACGGUUGAUCGACAGUUUCUCAGUUUACGAAGCUAGACAUCAUCGAUUAUUUCGAACGUGAGCAAAAUAAAAAUCCAACUUGUUCGUAACUCAUUGGAUAUAUUUAUAUGUAUACAUAUAUAUACAUAAAUAUAUAUUCGCGUGAGUUGGUGAAAGAAGUAGUAGGGGAUCGCGGUGUGAAGUUACAGAGGAACGAGUGUAGUGUGAAGUUCGCGUGACUCGCGUCGUCGUCGUGGCACACGACGGAUAGCCAAGUUGAAAUCCCAGAAGACGGAAGAGAGAGAAUCGGUUUGAGAGAAGUGAAGUUCCAACCCAUCGAGAGAACUAGAUUCAUUGAAACUUAUCAGCUAUCUCGGCCAACUUGCUAUCCUGGAGUUAAGGAGGAGGAAGAUAUUCGUGGGGGAGCAGGGGAUUUGCCAGGACUCGGUCGUUCGGUUGCGCACGGUCCCAGGAUGAGGGGGAUGCUUUUGCUGAUGAGCAUGAUGAUGGCUUGGUUUGUCGCGGCGGAAGUUUUCCUCGGCGACGUCGACGAGCCGAUACCGAUGCUGGAUGUGUCGGCGGUGGCUGGUUUCAAAGCUCAAAUACCUUGCGACAUCGAUCCGGUGAGCAGGAGCGAGGUGGUGAGCAUGGUUUUUUGGUACAAAGACGAGAGGGGCGGCGAGCCGAUAUACAGCCUGGACGCUCGCGGCAAAUCGAUAGCUCAGGCGAAGCUUUGGUCAGAUCCAUACGUGUUCGGUAAAAGGGCGACCAUGAGGACGAGCGUAGAACCCGCGAAAUUGGAGAUCGAUCCCCUCGAGGCGGCCGACGUGGGGGUGUACAGGUGCAGGGUGGAUUACAAAAAUAGUCCAACCAGAAAUCAGAAGGUUAACCUCACGGUGAUAGUGCCACCAAACAAACCUGUGAUUUACACCGGCGCCGGUAGAAGUUUGGCCAAGAUAUUACAGUCCUUCAACGAGGGUAGCGAAUUGUCCUUAUUGUGCGAGGUAAUCGGGGGUUCACCACCACCGAAAGUCACGUGGCAUUUCAAUGGAGCGAUGGACGACACUUACACGUUGGAGCAUGGUGAUAUCACGAUAAAUCGUCUCGAUAUCUCGAACGUCACCAGGAAGUUUCUCAGGGCUAGGCUAAUUUGCCGGGCGAGCAACACGCAUCUCGUGCCUCCUCUCACUUCCGAGAUUAUUUUGGAUAUUAAUUUGAAACCGUUGCUAGUGAAUAUUACGAACAAAAGAGCCCACUUGUCGGCGUUAAGAACGUACGAAAUUGAAUGCACCAGUUCGGGUUCUAGGCCAGAGGCUGUGAUCACCUGGUGGAAGGGAAACCACCAGGUCAAACAUAUGGCCAGAAAUUUUGCAGAUAGUCCGAACAUUACGAGAAGCGUGCUGAGUUACGUACCCACCAUGGAGGAUGAUGGGAAAUAUCUGACGUGUCGAGCAGAGAAUCCAGUAGUACCUGAUAGCGCCCUCGAAAAUAGAUGGCGAUUAUUAGUAUAUUAUUCACCAAUAGUGACGAUCAAGCUAGGUUUGAGUCUGAAAGCAAACGACAUAAACGAAGGCGAUGAUGUCUAUUUCGAAUGCGACGUUCAAGCGAAUCCGAAAGCGUACAAGCUGGUGUGGUACAAGGAUGGGAAGGAGCUACAUCAGAACAUGACUGCUAGAAUUUUUCUUCCCAGCGGGCAAUCUUUGGUUUUGCGAAGCGUGACUAGAAAUUCUGCGGGCGAAUAUUCUUGCAUGGCUGUCAAUGUCGAAGGGAAAUCUACCAGCAGACCUGUAACGUUGGAAAUAAUGUACGCGCCUGUGUGCAAGGACGGGUCAUCCACCCAAGUGGUCGGCGCCUUGAAGCACGAGACCAUCUCCCUUGUGUGCGGUGUGCAGUCUAAACCGCCGCCCAUCACUUUCCAUUGGACCUUCAACAAUUCCGGCGAGCUGAUGAACGUGCCGUCCAACAGAUUCACACCGGUGAAACCGCUCAGCCUAAUCACCAGCCACUGGCACGGAUCCAGGUUGAAUUAUACUCUGGCGAACGACAUGGAUUACGGGACGGUCGCGUGUUGGGCGAAAAAUCGGAUAGGGGUGCAAAAGACACCCUGCCUUUUUCAGAUCAUCGUCGCAGGGAAACCCUAUCCCCUUCAGAACUGCACGGCCCUACAAUCGACCGGCCCGUACGCGUAUCGAAUGGGUCACGAAGACUUGAAGGCUACCGACUCGAGGGACGCGGACUGGUUGAUCGUCAGAUGUUCGGAAGGGUUUGACGGCGGUUUGCCCUUAACUAAUUACGAGCUGGAGGUCUACAGCGAGGAGAACGUUUAUCACGUCAAUACCAUCUACCUGAACCACACAGAGAGAUCCGGCUCGUCCGGUCCCGUUUUUGAGGUUCCUGGCUUGGAGCCUGGUCGUAAAUACAGGCUUCAUCUCUACGCUGUCAAUGCAAAGGGUCGAAGCGAUCCUGUGGUUCUUGAACCGGUCACGCUCAAAGCAGUCGCGAUGUACACAACCGAUCGCGGAACUUCCGACGACAGUCCGGAUUACAGCCUUCUGGUGGCGUGUUUCGCCGGCGGCAUAACGGCCGUGUGCAUCCUGAUAGUGGGUAUCACUCUGACCCUGUAUCGUCGCAGCCAUCCGUCGAUGCAACCGAUCAAGGCACACACGGAACUGGCGCAGUACGGUGGGGCCAAGGAGGACAGGGGGAUGAUGGGGGUGGCCCCGUCGAGCAAAGAGUCGGGGGGCGAGGCGAAGGGUGAGGUGGGGAACGAUGUGACCGACGAGGAUCCGGACGUGAUCCCAAGCAAGAUGGACAAGAGGCCGGAUAUAUUCGAGCCGGGUUACGAGGCCGUGAAAUCGGAGAGGACGAAAGAUUUCGAUCAUUUGGAGGAGUUGGAUUAUCCGUCUCCCUCGUCCGUGCUGCAUACGAAAGAUUCGUGGAUAUAUCCGAACGGGUACGUGAAGAAAGUGGAGAGAAGCUUGAGUCCGUUACGGCCGAGCACGCUCCCGGUUCAUCGUAGCCACGAUAUUUACACGAGAAGUUCUCGCGUCCAGGAAAGCUGUAUAUAGAUGGCUCCUAGGGGGUGGUUUAUCGACGAUCGUGGCGUUACGACUGAUGUUGACCAAACUAAGAGGCCACGAUUCGUUUUCUAGUAUUGGAUCGGUAUUUCGUUCGAACAGUUAUUAGUUUUCAAUCGUCUUCGCGCUUCAAUGAUUGGUUUCGAUGAUUUUCGUAUUCCUUUUGGGGGAAGAAGGUAGGUAUUGGAGUAAACAUCGUGAAUUUAAUCCUCUGCAACGAUAAACGUCGCGUGAUUCGAAACUCGUAUCCACGCAUACGUGUAUUUUGUAAGGUUUAUUUAUUCGUUCUAUUGUGCGUGAUGUAUUAUCGAGUUACGUUACUGCAUAUAAAAUGGCGCAACUUUGAAAAUUCAAAAAUUAUUCUAGCGGCUUGUUGAAUAGUUAUUAAAAUGAAAUAUAAAUAAAUCAGACUGGUUUUUAAAUUCAGAUUUUGAUAUAGUACGGUGAAAGCUGCUUGUCAUGUUAAUACAGCUUUUGGAAAAAUAUUAAAAAAAUAAAUAAAUAAAUAAAACUAGUGAGAAAAAUUUAAAUUGAAAGAUCGAAAAUCGCACUGACGAAUUAUAUAUAAGGAAAAGUUAUAAUAAUUGUAAUAAUUAUAAUCUCGUUUCAUAAUGUGUAACGAAACUGUUUAAUCAUAUUUUAAUAUUAUUUUUAAUAAAGUUAUAAAUAUUGAAGGUUUUGUUAAAAGUUGAACUAUUUUAUCUACAGAUAUUUAUUAUUUUAUAUCCGGUUAUUAAAAAAUCAGAAAGCAAAAAUAAUUGGGGCAGCUUUAAUUAGAUAAUAUGUAUAUCUAUUUUAAUCUGUUUCAAUCUGUAUCAAUUUAUCGUAACUCAUUUUAUAAUAUUUAUGCUUUAAAGUUAAAAUGAAAAUUUCAAUAAAAUGAAACGUAUAUAUAUUUUAAUGGAUCUUUCAGACAGAAAUCGUAAUUACUGAAAUACUUUGAUCAUUCAAUUUGCGUCGAAUCUUUUGAUUAAAAAUUUUUAAAAAUUCAUCAAAAGAAAUAAUUUUAGCAUAUUUCGGAUUCAUGAUUGAUCACGAAGCAUCAUCGUCGGAAUACCACACAUUCGAUUUUAAUUUUAUCAUUUAAUUUUCACUUAUUAUCAAAUUCAUAAUCAAAUUUCUAGGCUUCGAUUCUCGGAUUAUAAAAAUUAAUAAACGAUAAUUUCUUUUCUCACGUAAAACGUUAGAGGGUUAAAUAAAACGAAUCGUUUGAUGUUUAAGGACUGACGUAAAAUUUUAUACAAUACCUUACACACAUUUAAAUGGAACAAAGAAACGACCGUGGCUCACAAUUCACUGUCCUGUCCGCGAAACUACGAUUGAUUCAUGCCAAAAAACGCCAAGCAUGACAAACAAAAGUUUUGUAAAUAGACAAUAAGUAUCGUUAAGAUUCCAUCCCGAACUGUCGAGGUCUUGAUCUUAUUUUUCACCUAGUUUUAAGCUAGUAAUUAAUCUUAAAUAUAAAGAAAAAAGAUAAUAAACAAAGAGGAGCGUCUUGACGAUCACGACGUUUGUACAUAGACAAUAAAUUUUCUUCCUUGAAUGUUCGUCUCCCAAUCGAAAAGGCUUCCCGUAUACCGAUGUCAUCGUCGGUAAACGUGGUUUCAUGUUGAACAUUGUUUCGUGUGAAUACUUGAUGUAUCGUGUGAGAAUGAGCGCGUUUCACAGGCGAACGCGUUAACGCUUGGUCAAUCAAUUGGUCGAACAUUUUAACGAGCAUGUAAACGUUUGUAUAUAUGAAUAAUAAACCUUGUUGUUUAAUAA